CCUCGCACCAAGGAUGUUUUCUAACACACAGGAGAUGAUGAGGAGAAAAGCUGAGCAGGCAGCUGACCUGCAACAAGCACUAGAAUUUCAGAGGAAAAGAUUUCUGAAUCUGCAGUUGCCCGACAUGGACAGUGAAUCCUUUCUCCAUCACCAGCGUGGUCUUGUUAUUGGCUCCCCCGUUCAUUUUGCCUCUCGUGGCAAUCAAAGCUUGCUAUUUCGAUCAGAAAACACUAGUGAAGAAGUCAUCGAAGGUAAUGGUGAUUCAGGACAUUUUCAGUCUGAAGCAAAUCGAGCGUUUCUGAGUGAUACUGAUCAUAACAUCAGCCAAGAACGUGGUUACAAUUACCAUCUCAACAACGGGCAAGAGAGAAGUCUGGAGAACGCGCUGCCUGAUAGCUUCUUUGCUUCCCCAUCGAAGACUGGUGAAAUUCAAGACCCCGAGUUUGAGAAAGAGAAUUGUGCUACUCUCUCUGUUACUACAGAAAAUAAGGCAGCCUCGUCAGUUCAAUCAGCCUAGCAAUUGGUUCGAUAGAAGCAGAAAGAAAGUAUGAAAAGGCAUUUUAAGCCAGACUGCAACUUGAAGGUUCUCUAAAAUUAAGUUGGUAUUAACUACGUGGUUUUAAUUUCUUUGGUUGCAGAAAAGUAGAGACUGAUAAAAGAAGCAAGUAGAAGUAUUUUGUCUAUAUGUAGAAGCUAAAGCCGGUUUUAUAAUAUGGAACAGAAAGAAGGGUAGAAUUUUACAUAUUUGGAAAAAGGCAGUUGUGGAAUGCCAAUAUGCAAUAGAAAUUACAGCUAAGUACUAACCUCGACAAAGCAUUGAUAGGCAGAACUAUAUAGUGACUAAAACCUUCAAGUUUUAAGUUUUCCGUCUGUUCAUCGAUAAUUGUUACCUUUCUACUGGGUUAUAAUCCUGGUUCUGAACAUCAGUUGUCAAUAUAGAUGAAUGUCUUUGUCUUUGUUUUGUUCGUUUUCA